AGGAAACAGACAAUGGAAAUAUCACAGCUGAUGAAUCUUAAGAAAUUUAACUUUAAUUAUGUCAUAUUUAUUGUACUGUGUGCAAUAAUAGCGUAUGUUUUUCGAGCUGGUGACACUUACAUAAUGAAACCUGUAUGGAGGAAAAGAGUAGAGCCUCAUUAUUAUAGUAACAAGGACUACCCCACAUUAGAGGACCGGUUACCAUCACCAAUUAUUACUGAUUUAGAAGGUGAUGGUGUAAAUGAAAUCAUUCUAAUAUCUAAUGACUAUAAGUUGACGUCUCUAGCUCUUCCCGAUAAAACUGAGGAUGAAGAUGAUCUAACAUUACCUCAUGUUGUUGUUAAAAAUAAAAUACAGUUACCAAUAGCAACCAAAGAAGAUGGUGGAACAAGUAGACCUGUUGUCAUGGCUACAGGAUUUACUGUGUCUUAUCAGUCCAUGAUUCAGAUUAGGAAACAGAUCAUAGUGAUAGCAACUGAUGACUGGCAGGUUUUCUGUUACUCACAUGACUUCCAAUUACUAUGGAAACAAAGACUGAUGAGCAUUGCCCAUGUACGAUUGACCUACAAGAUCAAAGCUAUGGAUGUUAUGAUCACAUCACAUAAUGUCAGGAAAAAUGAUGAAGGGCUGGUUAUUAUUGGAGGAAGUUUCUCACACACAGUACAUGAUACCAACACAACUAAAGUUUCAAAUGACACAACAUCAGAGAAUGCGACCAAGGAGGAUAACUCUUUAACACAUUUCUCUUCUUUUGCCAUAAGUGCAAAAGAUGGCUCCACCAGGUGGCACCACUUACCAGGAGAUUUUGGAGAGAUAGAUACAUCAGGGAAGGAUAUACAUGGUGACCACCAUUGGAAGUUGGCUCUGAAGAGACACAGACUCCAUGUAGGAGAAAGUCCUUGGAAUCUUUAUAAACAGGAAAUCUGGAAAUAUCUGCCACAUUUCUGGAAUAAUAUAGAAGAUACAAAGAUAAAAUUAGGUCGUUUUCAAAAACAAGAUGAGGCUAUUAUGGACAAUCAACAAAAACAGAAAUCUGCGCUCAGACCAGAACAUAUUAUGGGAUAUGCUUAUGGUGGUCAACGACCGCACACAGACGAUGAACAUAUAGUGAAUCCUAAUGUAGUGGUCAUCCAUAAUCAUAAUGGACUUGAGGUACUAAAUCUACUGACAGGACAACCAGUUACACAGUUUCCAUUAGCUUCUGAUGGUGCCAUCUACCUUGAUAUUGAUUAUGAUGGUUACGUUGACAGAGUUUCAUGGGGGGCAGAAGAAGGACGUAGUCCCUGUUUUGUUGAUAUCUGGAGAUUACAACCAGUAAAGGAGAAAAUGGAAGGACUAGCUGUAUGUAAACUUUUCCGUGUCUUUUUCUCGUCAUCAUGGGCUUAUGAUGAGGAUAUUCUUAAGAAGUUACCACCCAUCAUCAUUAAAAGUAUAUCAAGAAAGACGGGUAUCCUGAGACAUUUACUUGGACAUCAUUUACCAACCGAUAAGCAACCCUAUGACAUUAUCACUAUGGGUAGUUAUGGUCGAGUAUCAUCUUACGACAAAGAAGGAAAUGUAAACUGGCAGGUGGGAACACCAGCCAGUUGGUCUAUAGAAUCACAGGAUAGAAAGAGAGAAGUAGACAGUGCACCUGAGAAGUUACAACAAUAUAUGGACAGUUUUUAUCCAAGUAGACAACUUAUGUCACUGCAGGUCUAUGGUUACAAGGAUACAAUGGUAAUGUCUGGCUGGUCAAAUAUAGCCAUUGUUGACCUUAAAGAAGGAAACCUGCUAGCUUCUCAUUCAUUACCAUGUCAACCCAGUAGUCCCCUUGUUGUAGGUGACUUUGAUAAUGAUGGAUUAAAUGACAUUAUAGUAACAUGUAAAUUAGGGUAUCUUGGUUUUUCCUUACAUCAUCAUACUAACCAUAUCUACACCAUGUUGUAUGCUGGGAUGGUAUUUGGUGCCAUCUUAGUCCUGUCGUGGUUGUGUUCACCUGCCACAUACUACAGUAAUGAGAAAGAAGAAGACAGUGAAAGUGAUGAGGACAGGAUGGAUGAUUAUUGAAACACUUGGAUACAGUAAUGUUUUAUAAAGAACCAAAUAGACAAGACAAUGCUUGAGCUUGUCAAGGAGCAAAUCAGGGUUGUGUAAUCUAGCUUUGGAAGGAGUGUAAGAAGAGGGUCGUAAAAGGGGAAUUUGCAUGGACGAAAGAGAAAUAAAAUGGCCAUUUCACGAUGAAUGAAAAAAAAUAAGAACUUGCAUGUUGCUUUUUCACCAAUUUACAUGAAACACAGUGAAUAAUGUCAGAGAUUCAAGCAUGAAAACAUGUGAAAUAAAAAUUGCAAACAUGUUGCACGAAAAUAACCUUUUACCACCCUCUGUCAAGAAGACAGACAGUGUGAUAAAAGAAUUUAAUUUAUAUUGAAACUAAUGUGAAAAUUGUAGAAAGAGUCUUGUUUGUGACACUAAAAUGCAUUGAAAGUUCACAAAAGAGAAUGUUGUGGAAAAAUGCCUAGGCAUUCUGUAUACAGUAAAGUUGCGCGACUUUGCACUGUCUAAAUCAGUUUAUAGCAUUGUCAUAAAAUAUAAAGCAUAUAUUUGCAAGUAGCAAUUGUUACAUAAUUAUUAUAACAGGAUGAAAAUGCAUUUUACUGCAAUUUGUCAGAUUUUCUUUGUUUAAUUUUAUACAAAAAAGAAGAUCUAAAAUUUCAUAAAAAUGUUAACAAGAGAAACUGAGGACACAUUUGAGACAAAAUAUUGUGAAACAUUAAAAUUGGUAAAGUUUUAUCACAACUGAGGUGUUUCAUAUUAUGUUCAUUUAAUUUGUAUUCUCAAAUCACAACUUGCAAUUUAACCUUACCUUAUAUUCUGCUGUUAAUGAUGAAUGUUUUUUUUUAUUAUCCAAUCCAUUCAUUAUUCCAUUUGGAACACUUACUUUACCAGCAAUUUUAUUUUUAUCAAACUAUCAGAUCAUUAUAUUGUGUACAUCUUAUUUCAUUUUUUAUCAAAACCAAUUUUGUUGUUUCUCAUAAUACUUACCUAUCAAGCAAUUUAAUUUUAGUCAAAUUAUCAGAUCAUUGUAUUGUGUAUAUCUGAUUUAAUUUUUUUUCAAAACAUAAUUUUGUUGUUUUACAAUGACAAGAAUGACACAUUGCCUAAGUUUAGGCACCUUAGAUCUCGAUUAAUUUUUAUACAAAACUGAAUGAAUAAAAGAAUUUAAUCUGA